AUGAACGUUCUUGACCUCGGCUUUUUCAACUCUAUUCAAGCACUUCAGCAACGAAUGGAGUGCUCGUCCAUUGAAGACCUGGUGUGCACCGUCGAGCAGUCGUUUGAAGACUUGGCGCCGUCGACGCUGGACAAGACUUUUGGGACUCUGCUUCGUGUGUUCCAAGCGUGCCUAGGUGUGGAGGGCAACAACACUUACGACAUGCCACGGAGCAAACGACAGAAACAAGCGGAAUGUGAUUAUUCUAUUGUUCUCGACAUGCUCUGGCUUAGGCUGGAGGAAGAAGAUCGUCUCGAUGAGCUGUGCGACCUGGUCAAUGGCUUGUCUGCUUCGUAG